AUGGACUGUGAAGGUUGUGAAAAUUUGCAUGAACUUGAUUUACAUUAUAAUCAAAUCACAGAGAUUGAAAAUUAUGCUUUUAUAAAUUUUACCAAUUUAACAAUUCUUGACUUAUCUCAGAAUUUGUUUCCGGUGUACAGUAUUAAAAUAAGCCUGUCAGACCUGUGUUAUCUUUGGAACACAUCCGUGAAAGAAUUGGAUAUUUCCGGCAAUAGAAUAGAAUUCAUCGAAACAAAUGCUUUAAUUUUGACACCGCAAUCGCUAGAGAUUAUUAAAAUUUGA